AUGACACUGUCGCAGCUCAACUCCAUCUUGCGUUCUUUUCCCAACCUCACUCCACAGACUCAGCGUCUGGCUAUAGCAGCGGCAGCCGGAGUAAUUAUUGGGAUUCCGGCCUUCCGUCUCGCAGCCGAAGACUACCGUGGAUAUCUUGCUCUCGGGCCUGGAGGUCCACCUCACAACCUCAUCGGAUGGGUUGGCCAAAUCCUUCUCAAGCCGCUGAAGAAAGAACCUUUUCAUACGAGCUGUUAUACUGACAAGGCGUGCGAGAAAGCAGGCCCUAAUGGACACGUCGCUUUCUUGACAUCAUCGUCUUUGUCAAAGCUCAAGAUCGCAAUAUCUCUUGCAGAGCGACGAGGCCCAGCCCUCUUUGUAGCCUCCGAGAAGCCUUCUCAUCCAAUUGCAAAGCGUACAGGAGGAGAGAUUGGGCAUAUGCAUGGCAGCGAUGGUUCAAUGCAUAUCAACCUGGCUCCAAAGGAUGCAAAACUUGUUCUAGAGAAAGGCUGGGGCCAGCGUCAUCCGCUGAGCGGGACAGUUCUGUAUCUGGGUAACGUGAUGGUUUAUGCGCCGAGGAAUGAGGCUGAGCUCGAGGUUGUAAAGAGUAUCACAAGAGCGGGUGUAAAGUUCAUACUUGGUGAAGAGCUCUCUAGUCCAGAGGAACGGGAUUGA